AUGGGGCGCGAUGGGCCGGCGCCCAAGGACAAGGGAGGUUUGGUGUACCUGUGCUUCUUCUUGUUUGGCGCUGGCCUUUUGGCACCCUGGAAUGCCUUUAUCACAGCCGUGGACUACUUCAAUUACUUGUGGCCGGAAGGGCAGAUGGACCGCAAGUUUUCAGUGGUCUACUUGCCAGUCAUGCUCUUGACACUGCUCAUCAUGCUGAUUUGGCACAAUGAAAGGACUGCGACAGCUCGGGUUUUCUGUGGAUUCUCCACAUACACUGUGAUCAUGGCCUUGAUGGCCACCCCACUGAUCAGCAUGGUCAGCAGAGGUGGUUCCAGUCUGUCUCAGUAUGUGCCACUUGGAGCUAGCGCAGUUAUUGGAGUUGUUGAUGGGUUGGCCGAACCUGCGAUUGUCGGAGAGGCAGGAUACCUGCCAGAAGUGUACAUGCAAGGAUUUCUAUUUGGAACAGCAUCUGCAGGCACGAUCAUAUCGCUGCUGCGCAUCGCCACAAAGGUUUCUUUUGGGGAGGGCCCAGAUGGCCUACAGAACAGCACCAUACUGUACUUCAGCCUGGCUUCUGGGCUGUGUGCUGCCUGCCUAAUCCUGCACCGUGUAGUGCUUCCCAAACAAAUGUUUUUCAGGCACUACCGUGACAGGGAAUGUGACAGAGGGACACCUGUGCCCUUCUGUCCUGUCAUAUCUGAAGCACUGAGGUCAAGCGCUCUGGACUCCAGAUGCCCCCAACUUACUGGAAGAUGGCACCCAACCAUUGCUCCCUCAGGUCCAGAACGUAGAGUUUGGUAA